GAGGCCGGGACAGCACGAGGGAGGGAGUCGACUGCCAUAAAAAAAACUGACGUCAGGGAGGUGCCUUUUAACUGCCAGUGAAUCCGGCAAACCAGAAGUUAAAUGAGUACAGGUAAGUCAUCCAGGAAGGAGAGGGCUGAUUUGGUUAAAGAAAAACCCACGGUCAACCCGCAAGACCUGUACUUUCUUUUUGGACGCACUAUGCGUAGGAGAACGUGUUCGGAAAGAUGUACGUGAGUUAUCUGUUGGACAAGGACACCGGCAUGUACUCAAAUUCCGUGAGACACCCCAGCCUUAAUUUAAACCAUCAGAACUUCGUACCAGCGCCUCCGCAGUAUACGGAUUUCACCGGAUACCACCACGUCCCCGGAAUUAACGCUGACCCUCACCACGGACAGACCGGUGGCGCGUGGAAUCCAGCUUACGUACCCCCGAGGGAUGAAUGGGCCGCGUAUGGACCGGGGCCGCUAUCGUCCAACACAAACCACGGACAGAUCGGUUUCAGCCCCCCAGAAUUUACUUCCGUCCCACCGUCGGCUCCGGGGCUGCUACCGUCACCGAUCAAUUCACCUGUCGGUCAACUCUCUCCAAAUUCUCAGCGGAGAAACCCGUACGAAUGGAUACGACGCAACGGCCCGCCAUCAAAUUCAGGAGGGAAGACUCGGACGAAGGACAAGUACAGGGUGGUGUACACGGACCACCAGCGCCUGGAGCUGGAGAAGGAGUUCCACUACAGUCGCUACAUCACCAUCCGGAGGAAGGCGGAGCUGGCCUCCUCUCUCAGCCUAUCGGAACGACAGGUGAAGAUCUGGUUCCAGAACAGACGAGCCAAGGAGAGGAAGGUGAACAAGAAGAAGAUGCACCACUCCCAGCAGGCCUCCACGACCACUCCCACCCCUCCCGGCGUGGGCGGUAACCCCGGCAACGUCGCCAUGGUGACCAGCAGCAGCGGCUUGAUGUCGCCGUCGCUAUCAAUGACGAUUAAGGAGGAGUACUGACACGUGUCCCGCUAAGGGUGGGGUCACACACUGAACUCAUGCCAACACACACUCCUCCUGCUGACCUCCUCAAGAUAUGUAAUGUGCAGUUUUGGAGAACUUUUGCAGUGAAAGAGAGAAACCUGCUUCGAUGGCUUCUUGCGCUUUUUCUAAAAAAAAAAAAAAAAAGGAAAGAAAAAACAAAAUGACAAUUGUUAAAAGAGAAAGAGAUAUACAUAUAUAUAU